AUGCUGCGACCACAAUCACCUCCUAGUCCAGUUCAUCCUGCACCCAAUGAAGAGAUAAGACCUGAUAGUCUACCGACAACACAAUUGCAAAAUGAUGACUUGGAUUUGAAUCCUGACUUGUAUGAUGAUGAAAAGGAGGAAGAUGAUAACAGACUUGAUGCCCCUGCCAUGAAUGAGCAACCAAUUGACAAAGUUUCAAAUGCAAAUCAUAUUCAACUGCAAGUCCAACAAGAACAAGCUGAUUACAACAUCUUAGUAACUGACUUAUCUAGUCUGGAUAAUGGGGAGUUUAAUGCAGCUGAUUUGCAAAAUAUACGACAACUUACAUUACCAUUUGACGAGGAGUAUCAAUUAUUCAAGGCAAAUAUACUCAAUUCAAACACACAAACCCGUGAAAGUUCAAUUUCACAUAAUGGUAAUGGCCCUACUCACAAGUUAUCUUCAAAACAACAGUCCAGGUUUAUAAAUUAUAUCGACGAGCAGUUGCUACAGAUACAACGCAAAUUUAUCAAACAGCAAUCGACUGAGACUAUUAUUUAUCCAUUUGUUUUGUUGAUACAGGAUUUGGAUUCUAUAUUUGAUAUUAUCUGGGUAUCUAUACUCAACAGUAUAGAACAACAACAACAACAACUUACUCAUGCAUCUUUAUUUGGACAGCAAGAAUACUAUAUCAAGAUAUUAGGAGAUUUAGAAGACUUCAUUACUCACUAUCCCACGAUAUUCAAUGAAUCUUGGCAAUUAUCGCCACAAAACAAGAUGGUAAUGACUAUCGACUUUAAUCAAACGGUUGUAACAAUUGUUAAGUUCUUUAUCAAGUUGGAUUUACAAUUGAGUUUUAUUAGAGAUGAAAAUUGGUUCAAUCAAACUCAAGGAGUACGAUUAAAGGUGAUUAUUGAGCGUUUGAGAAUUCAAAUAUUGAACAAAUUUGAACAUUUGAUUACGCAACGAGCAUCAACUACGUCAACUUCAACAUCGACAUCAUCGGGAGUACAAUUGAGGGAAGUGUUGGAAGUCGAAGCUAGUAAGAUUUUUGAAGGGAUAUUGGAGAGAUUAAGCUAG